AUGGCGUCGCAGCCCAAGAACGCCGAGAUCAUCGACCUCACGGAACCAGAUGUCAUCGAACUGAACUCGGACGGCGAACUGGUUCCCGAUGCGCGUACCCCCGCCGACCCGGGCAGCGCACCGGCCUCAACACAACCCGACCAGGCGAAGAAGAAGCGGAGGAAGCGAAAGCGCAAGUCCACGGGCAGGGGCGAGUUGGAGGAAGGCGAAGUCGGCACGAGCAGUGCGGAGGUGUCGCGUCCGCAUUCGCGCAACAGCCCGAACGUGGACGACCUCGAGCUAAUUAUUGAAGAAAUGGGUGCUGAUGGGAACGGCGCGGGCCCGCCAUCUCCACGGGACGACAAGAAGAAGACAUUGAAGGAGAGGUUGGUCGAGCCGGAGUGGGCGACCAGACGAGAGGAUGCGGGAGAGCGCAGGCGGGAGAAACGGCGGAACGAGCGGAAGCGCGACCGGGAAAGAGAGAAGGAAGAAGACAGAGCCCGCGACCGAGACAGGGACAGGGACCGCGAGCGGAGAAGGAGCAGGUCUCGAGACCGAGAACGCGACCGUAACCGCGGUGGCGAGCGUUCUCGAAAGCGGUCGCGUUCGCAGGAUCGCGACAGCCGCAGGAGGGACAAGGCCCCCGAAUCCAGCACACCUCUGUUUUUCGAGGACGUCAACCCAACCGAAGUGCCGAGCAUAGCGAAGGUCCGAGAGAACGUCGCAGGACCAUCCAACCUGGUUCCACAAACCGGGCCAAGCAAUGGGACAGGCGCGGAAGAAAAGGACGCGGACGGUCUACUGCUCCCUGCCCAUGUUUCUAUUGCCGAGAAUGGAGAUGAUGCAAACACUAGCACGCUCAAGGUGCCUACGCCCGAGGGUUCCGAUGACGAGGACUACAUCGAGUACCUGGACUAUGGCGAUGACAGGAGGGCGGGAAUGGUCAGAUACUGGGAAUUGGACAAGCUCGCAGCCUCUGAGGCGAAUGCCUCGAAACCUACGAAGACCGUCUGUAAGAAUUGCGGUGCCGAGGGGGAGCACAAGACUUUCGAAUGUCCUGUCCUCAUUUGUCUAACAUGUGGCGCACGAGACGAACACUCGACCCGGAGCUGCCCCAUUAGCAAGACUUGCUUUACCUGCGGUAUGAAGGGGCACAUCAACAGGACAUGCCCCAACCGCGCCGCGACCCGCGCCGGCGCAUACAGCCACUAUCAAGACUGCGAUAGAUGUGGAGCGCGCACACAUCAAACAAAUGAAUGCCCGACAUUAUGGCGAAUAUACGAGUACGUCGCCGACGAGGAGCGUCAUGAGAUCCUUCGUGAGCGGGACGCAAAACGUACGCUAGCGUUAGGCGAAGGUGGCGAAGGGUACAUCGCCACCGACGAAUGGUGUUACAACUGUGGCGGCAGCGGACAUCUGGGCGAUGACUGCAAUGACCGCCCGAAAAUGUUCGACGCUCCUCGUGAGCCAUCCGCAUUCAGCAUCUACAACAUUCUGUCCGGGCCGUUCUCCUCCGAAGCAUCAAGACCGUCUCAGCGUGCCCCGCGGGACUGGGAGACUGCCGACGCUUUUGCCGAUGGGCACGGCUCUGUCGUGCCAAUGGAGGUCGGAAAGCAAGGCCGAAAGAAAGAGCGCGCUCGCUUGGAGCGUCGUGCGCGCGAAAUCGAGGAGGAAAAUGACGAAGAUGACUGGUUCGGGGGCGCUCGGGCAAGAGGCCGGGGUGGUGGAGGCGGCGGUGGGGGCGGCCACAGUGGGGGAGGCGGUGGCGGUGGAAAGAGCUCUCGUCGCGAUCGAGAAGCUAACAGCUCGAAGGCGAACGGGGGCGGAGGCGGAGGCGGGAAUGGGAAGAUCCGCUUCGACUUCUCGCACUCGUCGACGUCCAGAGACGGCGGCGGACGCGACUCGAAGCGACAGCGGGUCUCGUACGACGACUUGCCGGGCCCUUCGCGGGAGACGGACUCGAUCCAGAUCCGGGGUGCUUCGAAGAAGCAGGACAGGUACGGCGGGUCGAACCACUCGCGGGACCGCUACGACCGCGACCAAUCCUCGCGGGGGCCGCGCUAUCGUGGAGGAUACUCUAGAUAAUGUAGCAUACAGCCGCGUAGUAUACCGUUUUCAUAUUGUAUCCGUCACGGAACCUAUCUUACCUGACAUAGUCUUGUACGUCGACAUUGAU